CGCGUGCCAUUUCGCGCGCCAGAAACGCCCGUGCACGACAUUUGCUGAGACUGCGGGGACGCCGACUUAUGUGAGGGAGAUUUGGCCACCAUGUCAUCAAGUGAGACAGACCCAGACCUCUUGCUAUUGCCUAAGCUUGAAGACCAUGAUUUUCAUGAAGCACUAAGAACUGCACUUCCCAUGCUGAACCCAAAUGACUCCAAGGACUUGGAAGAUUUUGCCAUUUCACUGGUGAAUCCUAUGGAAGAGUACCUGCUGCCUGAAACAGAUCAUCAGUCGCCGCCGCCGGCAGCUCCGGACGCCUGCGAAGCCGCCGAGCUCGCGCCGACUGCGGCCCCGACGGAGCAGCCGCCGGCUCGCGCUGCCCCCGGCGCCGUGCCCGCGCUAGAGAGUUGGCCCGGCAUGUACAACUUCGGCGUGGCGGUGAAGACGCCGCCGUCGGCGGCCGCCGGGCGCCAGCUGCCGUACGUGUACAGCGAAGCCGCGGCCAAGCUGUACACGGACGUGAUGGUGGCCGUGCCGGUGGCGUUCCGGACGGCGGCCGGCGCCGAUCCGCGCGUGCUGGUCAUCCGCGCCACGCCCGUCUACAGAGAGCCGCACCACGCGCAGACGCCGGUGCGUCGGUGCGCCAUCCACCGUGACACAGAGCACGCCUUCAACGCCGGCGAGGAGAAUCUGCUGCACGUGCUUUGGUCCGAGCACCCGCAAGCCAGCUACGAGGAGAACCAGGAGCGACGCAGCGUGACUGUGCCGCUCGAGCGCCCGGCGCCGGGCACCGCUGACUACCAGGUGCUCUUCAAGUUCACUUGUAUGAAUACAUGCGUCGGCGGGAUCAACCGCCGCAGACUGAUGGUCGUAUUUACGCUGGAGGAGCUCAACUCGGGCGUCGCGCUGGGCCGCCAGGCCAUAGAGGUCAAGGUGUGCCGGUGCCCGCAUCGCGACUGGCGCGCCGAUGAGAAGCGCCGCGGCCAGCAGUUCAAGGUGCCGGUGAAGAGGCGCCGCGAGCCGUCGCCGGGGCCCGGCGGCCAGCGCGGCCGCUGGAUGGUCGAGGCCCACAGCGAGGCCAUGUACAACUACUUGGUGACGGUACGCGACAACCUGGAGCAGUACGACCGCGACCGCGCUCUGGCUGGCGAGCAUGGCCCGGCCGGCGACGGCACGCCCGUCACUCUGCACCGCCUGCCCACCAUGCCCAUCAGAGCCGAACUGGAGUAGGAGCCGCGGGACUGGCGGCGUCACUGUGGCGGCGGAGGGGAUGGGAAGGCCUCGGCUCGCGGAGAUUGAAGCCAGCUCUGCGAGCUCCGCUUGGUGGUGUGAUUCGAGAUUGGACAUUCCGCGUGCGAAUGGGCUGUGGCGAUACCUGUGUCUGUAGGUGUGUGGAGGGAUUCCGUAGGCAACAAAGGCGUGCCUGUGCCAUUUUGGCCAUGAUUCCCUGCAUGUGUUGUAUGCUUGCAUUUGCAUCAGUUUUGUAGACCAGAGUAUUGUUGUGUCUGUAGUGUAAAGGCAGCAGUUGAAGUAGUAACAUCUGAUAGGGAUUAUCUGGCUGUUUCGAAUACAAGGCUGACUGAGGAGGCUCUAAGCGAUUGAUUUUCUUUAUUGCGUGGCCGCGGCGGGCGGUGACGGUCCGUAUAGACUCCGUUAUAAAUGCGCUUUGUUCAAUGGAUGGAUUUCACGUUGGACUUUGAUUUUUGUAUCUUAAUUUUGAAACUUGCGACGUCACGCGCAACGUUUGGCUCAGUUGGCUUCAGCUGAGUUGGGUUGCAUUUAAUCCAUUAUCUUCACUUCGCGCGGACAGCUAACUUACUCUGAUGUUUUGAUAUUCGGCGCUAUGUCGGCUGUGUCGCGCUCGAAGCAGCCGUAGUUCUGAUCUGUUCAGCGUAGGGAAGUGAUCCCAUCGCCAUUUGUCACCAACGCCGAGCCCCGGAAUAAACACGUUAUUGUCAG